AUGUCCAUAGUAGACGGAGGGUUUCUUUGUGUUUGUCUGAUUCCACUAUUUGUUUCCCAAUUUCACAAUGUUGAGAUAUUCUUCAAGAAUCUUGAUUUGGACAUGAAGACAGGGUUAGGAAAAUUGAAGGAAACCCUUAUUUCUGUUGCUUCACCUCAACAAAAUACUGUAAAUCAAGGUGAAUUACCACAUAUAUUAUACCAGGAAUGUCCAAAAGGACAUAGCAGUGGUGGUAUAAACUUCUGGGAUGCAUCAUCUCCACUUUUGAUUCCAAUUGUAUCAUUUAAUCAACAAAGUGAAGAUGAUCAGACUUUAAGUGGUGUUCCACUGACUGCAUUGUGUUAUGAUAUGGAAACAUGCCUCCUCAUAUCUGGAGAUCAAACUGGAACAGUUAGAAUUUAUAAAUUUAAACCUGAGCCAUAUGCCAUAGAGAGCAGUUUUUUGUCCUUACAAGCAAGUUCAAAGAAAGGAAGCAAUAUUGUUCAAAGUGUUAAACUUGUGAAGGUGAAUGGAGCAGUGGUUUCAAUAACUACAAGUCAUGACUCUAAACAUAUUGCUGUUUCGGUGAUUGACAUUGGAGGAGCAACUGUGUUAUAUGAAAGGCGAAUAGCGAGUGAGAUCUCGACAGCUGUCAUCUCUCUGCAAUUUGGGAUGUGUAGUUUGCAUGGAUUUGAGAAAAGUGUGUUAAUGGCAGCAACAAAGGAUUCAUCAGCUUGGGCACUUGAAUGUGAAACAGGAAAUAUUCUCAAUAAUGGAUCAGUUCAUCCUAAAAAACCUUCUAAAGCUCUUUUAAUCCAAAUGUUAGAUGAGCAAGGGACAGCUGGCAGAGGAUCUAAUGCAUCUAAGGGUAUAAUAGGAAAUUCGUUUGAUGAUGGGGUAGUGAAGGAGUCAUUGCUACUAUGUUCUGAGAAAGCUGUUUACGUGUAUUCACUUUCACAUGCUGUUCAGUAUUUAUCAUUCUGGGCAAUGUUUCUCCAACUGACAGGUGUUCGAUAUGAAUUUGGAGCAGCGAUAUUUUGGAGUCAAAUUGUACGUUUUCGUGGUGAAUUUGCCCUACACUUUCUUAUACCCACAGGCAAGCUUUUCAGGCCAUCAAUUAGAUGUAGCUCUGAUGAAACUGUUGCUUCUCGUAUGGCUACAAAUGAAAUUCAAUUCUUUGAUUUUUCAAAAGGCAUGGUGCAUAAGAUUAGAAUUCCUGGAAUAGCUGCAGUAGAGCUUUCUAAGCAACCUGGAUCCCAUGAUGCUGUAUUUGUUCCAGAAUCUAAGAUAAGAAACUCUCAAUACCAUGGUUUGAAUAAUGCAAGUGAAUCCUUUGAACAUGCCAUACAACGUGUUAUUGAUGACAACCUUGAGUUGGGAUGUGGAUCAACUGAGAAGCUACUGUUAUGGGUGUUUUAUGAAUGUCCAAAAGCACUGAAGAUGAGUGAUGCAAGAGUAAUAUUAUUGUCUGCUCUUCACAAUGUCAUUCAGAUUUUAUCCAAUUGCUACAAUCCACCUGAGUCGCUUGUUGACCGGUUUAACUGGAUGUUGUCACCUGAAACCAUGGUGGGCCCCUUCAAACCCCAACCUCAUCCGGGAACCAACAUCUCCAAAGGUUAA